CAAGAAUACAAAAAACAAUAACAAAUUAAACAACCUAGUACAAGUUCAAAACAAUGUCGGGUGUGUGGCUAUUUCAUGACGGGGUGAUGAAGUUGGAGAAUCCCGAAGAGCGACAACCAAGUGACGACAGGAGAAAGAGAUCGUCAAAAUUUUCGUGCAACAAGACUGGCAAGAUGAAGGAAUUGUUGCAUAUUCCGACUGGACAAGUGGUGAAGUCUUACGUAUUCCUCGAACAGAUAUUGAUGGGUCUGGGCUGGGAGAGGUAUUAUGGUGGUGAUGGUGAUCUCAUUCAAUUCCACAAGUAUGACUCCAUUGAUCUCAUCUCUCUUCCUAGAGAUUUCUCGAGGUUUAAUUCUAUAUAUAUGUAUGACAUUGUUGUCAAGACUCCUAAUGUCUUUCAUGUUCGAGAUAACUAG